GUUGUUGUUGACGACAUUCUCAACGACGGCACUCUUUCUCGCUCUCACACUCUCUCAACUCUGCACACGUCUGGUAACGACAACGAUACGACAGGCCACUAGCACGACAACACGCGCCAUUGGCCACUGGCACCUCCUCGCCCAUGCCAGCACGACGAGAUCCAGCCCAAAUCACCACCUUCCUCCAACAAUGCUACCCCUUCCCUCCACCAGACCCAUCGUGGGUAUCUGAAUGCAUCGACGCGUUGCUCCAAGACGGGCAGGACGCGACUCGCGAGGCUGUGCAAGAGCAGUACAUCCAUGCCGACCUCGGCGCGAGCUCCUUGCCUGCGGGGGAAGGCAUCCCUGGCCCGGACGACAUUGAAGCCGCGCACGGCAAGACGCUCUUCCCCCGCGGCCUCUUGGUACAAGUGCACAGUGUGACAGAGGUGGGCGCGUCCGCGUUCCAGCUCCAGACGGCGCUCGACGCGCGCCGCGACGUGCUCUCCGGCGCGUCGCGCAUCCGCCGCAUGGACGACGAGGAAGACGUCGUCGAGGAAGGCAAGGUGCCCCCGUACCCGCGCCACAUGCUCAAACUCGAGGUCAGCGACGGGCGCACGUUGAUGUACGCGAUCGAGUACCGCUCGCUACCGCGGCUCGGGCUUGGGGACACCAAGCUCGGGUGUAAGCUGCUCAUCAAGAAUGUGCGCUGUCUGCGCGGGACAUUGCUCCUCGCGCCCGACAAUACGACGGUCGUCGGCGGCUGGGUCGACGCCCUCGACGAGCACCAGGCGGCAAGCUUUGUUGGCGGUUUGGAGCAACGUCUCGAGGCGGCCAAGAAUGGCUCGACAACCGCGCCACGGAGGCGACGCACCAUGCCGCUGAACUCUCGGGGCGGCGGGCAAGCCGCUCGCGGAUCAAGCUCUCGGGGAGGCGCACCACAGCAGACACCUCGUAGUGCCGCCGCCGCCCGCGCCGCACGGCUUGCGGCCAUUCGAGCGGCGCAAGAAGAGGACGAGCUUGCAGCUGGCGGCGUGGUGGUGGUGGUAGGGGACGACAACGACAGUGGCGACGAGUACAACCCCAAGACGACGAACACAAGCGCCACCACGCCGGGGCGGCCAACGACACGUGCUUCCGUGCGCGCGUCCCAGCAUGAGGUUAUCGAGAUUUCAGAUUGA